CAGUGCCCUUCAACCAAGCAGCCAUGUUCGGCUUCCAGCUACUCGACUCCGUGCAGCAAUCGCUGGAUCGAAUAUGCCAACUUAAGAAGCAACCGCAGCCGGACGACGGCAUCAGAAGAAAGCUGGCAUUGCUGAGCGAGCAAGACGCCCUCUACGUGCUGGACCAAAUUUACAACAGCAAAACUGAGAUCAGAACCCUCAAUGGAUUCAUUGUUUGGAUUUUUUACUUUCUUUGUCAACCACUCUAUUCUUCAGCUUCUCCUUCUGAAGCUUUCCAGACUUCUUAUUAUCAGAGUGAGACUGUCACUCACUCCCCAGUUCUAUACCAUCCUGGUGACCAUGGACCAUCACACUUAGAAGCUCUGGGAGAACUCGAGUUCAGAAGACAAUUUCUAAUAUUAAGUUAUGCUGGAGGAACGAAGUUAAAAGAUGUAAUAGAAGUGGAGGCUAUUAGGCGCUGGAAAAAUUUGCCAAUGGUAAACUUCGAGACCAAAGUUUGGCAUGCUUUGGGUGAAAACAAUGUUGGCAAGGCUGACCGACGAUUGUAUUCUGAUUGGGAUUCUCAAAGAACACACCACUACUAUUGUUAUGUUUCCGUGGAUGGGAGUUGCAAGUUCAAGGGUCCCUUCCUAGACAAACCAAGAACUCUCCUACAGAAAUGGUUAGACGAUGACAAUGUUUUAGAGGUGAAAUUUACCCAAGGGGAAGGUUCCAGUAGUCUUUUUGAUAAUAAUUAUGGUACAUAUAGCAAGUUAAUGCGAGAAGGCAUUCUUGUUGGUUUGCGGCGAUAUGGUCACUUUGUGUACAGUGUUGGUGGUAACAAAGGAAAGAAUAAGUUGAAAGACCCAACUUCAUCACCUGUGAAAUGUUACUUUGUUCGUAUGAGCUCUGAUGCAGCGAUAGACAUGGGUAAAUUCUAUAAGUUAGCUGGCAAAACGAUGCAUGAAGGUAGAUCUCUUUUGACGCACGUACACACUGGGCCUAGUUUGGCUAAUUACAUGGCUAGGUUAUCUCUCAUUUUGUCCAAGACAGUUACUUUAGAAGUGAAUUGGUCACUUGUCAAGGUUGAGUUCAUCAAUGAAGAAUACUGUCUCGAUGAGUCUGGUAAUCCCAUCUAUGUAGAUGGAAAAGCUCGUAUACAUACUGAUGGCACGGGAUUUAUAUCUGAGGAUCUGGCUUUACUUUGUCCUGAGAUAGCACACAAAGGAGAGCUUAUCAAUAAUGAACACAUCGAGGGACUUGAUGAUCCUGAUGAUGAACUUGAGGACAACAUUCUGGAAUGGAAACAGCCAGGCACUAGAACUCAGGAACUGCCUUUGCUCAUGCAGUUCCGACUUUUUUACAAAGGCUAUGCUAUCAAAGGAACUUUUCUUGUCAAUAAACUGCUUCCACCAAACACAUUGCAGAUUCGACCGUCAAUGGUCAAAGUUGAGCCAGAUCCAAAAUUGUCAGAUCCUCAAACAGUGAAUUCACUGGAGAUAGUAGGAAGUAGGAACAAGGUAGAUCCAUCUAAACUUACUAAGAGAACAACUUUGUCGAGGAACUUGAUUGCACUUUUAUACCAUGGAGGGGUGCCAAAAGAAUACUUCAUCGAGUUACUUAUGAAAGCUUUAGAAGAGACUCGUGAUGUUUAUAGCAAUAAACGUGCAGCAUUCAGAGUUGCCCUUAGAUAUGGCGAGAUCGACGACAAUAGUAAUGUUGCGAAAAUGAUCUCCUGUGGUAUUCCUCUUGAAGAACCAUAUGUGCAAUAUCGUCUUUCAGCCCUUAUGAACAUGGAAAAUAUCAAUCUUAAAAAAGGGAAAAUUUGUAUUCCUGAAUCAUACUAUUUGAUGGGGACAGCUGAUCCAACAGGAAAACUUGAAAAAGAUGAAGUUUGCAUUAUCCUAAAAGAUGGACAACUGUCGGGAAAGGUUCUAGUGUACCGGAAUCCUGGUGUACACUUCGGUGAUAUUCAUGUCCUAAAAGCCACGUAUGUCAAGGAACUAGAGUCUGUUGUUGGAAAUGCCAAGUACGGUAUAUUCUUCUCUUGUAAAGGUCCACGUUCUGUUGCGGAUGAAAUGGGUGGUGGAGAUUUUGAUGGUGAUCUAUACUGGAUCUCAAGAAACCCUCAGCUGUUGGAAUUGUUUAAACCAAGUGAACCUUGGAUUGAAAAGUCAUCUACCCAAAAAGUUCAUGGUAAAAGACCAACCGAGCUUUCAAAUGUUGAUCUAGAAGAUGAGCUCAUCAAACUAUUCUUGAAGACUAGGUUUGAACCAAGCUUCACAAUGAGUGAGGCAGCUCAACACUGGAUGGUUUGGAUGGAUAAAUUUUUGAGUUUAGGAGAUACGAGUAUUGAUGAGAAAAACGAACUGAAGGCAAAGAUACUUCAAUUGAUUGAUAUUUACUAUGAAGCUCUCGACGCACCCAAAAAAGGUUUUAAGGUUGUAGUUCCAAAAGAAUUGAAGGUGAAAAAGUUCCCACAUUUCAUGGAGAAGAAACCCCUAGAUUCCUACCAUUCAAUUUCCAUUUUGGGAUCAAUUUAUGAUAAGGUGGAUGAAUAUGAAACAGAAGACAGAUCUCUCAAAGAAAUUCAGAAACUUCCUCUUUUUGAAGUUGACGUUCCUGAGGGUAGCUUGAAAGAAUGGAAGAAACUAUACCAAGAUUACCGGAAUGAGAUGACAUCUGCCAUGGGAGCCGAAGAUAAACAGGGCCAGAAUCAGGCAGCCAAUAUUGUCAUAAGAAAGUAUAAAGAGAUCCUAUACAAGGCUGAGGAGUUUGAGCAAAGUGAUAUGCGGCACAGACAACAAAUAUAUAAUGGCGCACUCGCUAUUUAUCACGUUUGUUAUGACUAUGCCAAGAGUGUUAGGACUGAAACUGGUGCACAAGAUGUCAAGAAAUGUGGCUUUGCUUGGAAAGUUGCAGGUGCAGCUCUAUGCCAGCUUCACGAAGACUGGAGUUUGAAACCUGGUGAAAAGGUUUUCAGAGUCUUACCCUCUGUUUUGAAGGACAUUAUGUAA